CUCCCUGCUGCAUCCCGCUACAACAAGACACCUGGACAAGCUCGAUCCCUCACAUGGUCAUAAAUCCAGCCCGCUCCGGAGAGGGGGGAGCGACGCCUAGUCGGCCGUGAUCGUCCUCCAGUGCUUCCGUUACAUCUCUGGUCAGGUGUCUGGACCCGCCAAGCACACGUUGUAACCGCCGGCGAUGGCUGCGGCAGGACGUGACGCACGGCGAUCGCCGCACCCGCCGCUAGACGCAGAGUACGCCGCUGGGUCUCUCGGAGGUCGCACUGUGCAUCGGCUGCUCCCCACCACACCUCGACAUGCCAAGCCGGGCUCCGCGGGCAUGCCUGCGAUGCCGCGUCAAACCCUCGCUGUUUUGCACAUAACCAAAAUGGAACCACAUGCCUCUCCCCUCACGACGUCGAUCGACCGCUCGAAGGUACGUGUCCACAUUCUCCGCCGGGAAGCCGCACUAAGCUUGAGGGCGUGGCAGUCGAUCUUAGCGCUUGCUCACAAGUGGCAUCGUCCGCCACCGACGCCUUCACAAGGAUGCGCUGUGGCAGUCUACACAUGUUCUGUCCCUGCACGAUACGGCGCGCUUGCAGCCGGCGUUUGCUUCCGGUGUCUGGUGGGGACCCGAUCCUCGGCCAGCACUAUUGCCCACUUGCCCGAGCCGUCCCAGGGAGGAGCAGGGAGCUCAGCCACAUCACCCACGAGAUCUCAGUUUCCGGAGCAACUUCGCCAUAAUGUCCUCUCGCAAGGCUAGCUUAUCCAACGACGGUACUUCGGUGAGAUCGCGGCUGCAGCGCCACAUUUGUGCAUUUGUGGCAGCUGCGGGCUGAGAUGGCCCACACUAGAGUAGAGGUGCCACCACGAGCACUUGAAACAUUCUUGCCGUCUGCCGUCACAAACUUAGGAAGCAGAUGGUAAGCUAUGUAAGAGUUUGGCGUUCCCCUGAGACGAG